CGAUCUGGAUCUGAAGCUCCUCUAUCGUCUCUUCGCAGAUUUUGAAGGCUAAGAUUUAAAAUGAGGGCCUGAGCUAGUUGAUUGCUUCAAGUUUGCAGCUUUAGAUGAUCCUUUAACUAAGCCAUCUUCAUUUUUUAAUUACCAAUGGGAGAGUGGGUCAUCGGAGCUUUCAUCAACAUUUUUGGAAGUGUUGCUAUUAAUUUUGGCACAAACCUUCUCAAAUUGGGACAUAAUGAGAGAGAAAGGUUAGCUCUACAAGAUGGCGGAGGAAAGACGCCAUUGAAGCCAAUUAUACAUUUUCAGACUUGGAGAGUUGGGAUCUUAGUCUUUCUUCUUGGGAAUUGCCUCAAUUUCAUUUCGUUUGGUUAUGCUGCUCAGUCCCUUCUAGCAGCUCUUGGAUCUAUUCAAUUUGUCUCCAACAUAGCAUUUGCUUAUGUUGUAUUGAACAAAAUGGUGACUGUCAAAGUACUCGUUGCUACAGCCUUUAUAGUUCUUGGAAACGUUUUCCUUGUCGCUUUUGGUAAUCACCAGUCACCAGUUUUCACACCCGAACAGUUGGCAGAGAAAUAUAGCAAUGUAACAUUCUUGGUCUACUGUGGGAUUUUGAUUUUAAUAGUAGCUGUGCACCAUUUCCUCUAUAGGAAGGGAGAAGUUUUGAUAUCUAUACCUGGACAAGAAAUUAGCUCCUAUUGGAAAAUGCUGCUUCCUUUCUCAUAUGCUGUGGUCUCGGGUGCUAUAGGAUCAUGUUCGGUUUUAUUUGCCAAGUCACUCUCAAACUUGCUGAGAUUGGCCAUGUCUAGUAGCUAUCAAUUGCACAGCUGGUUCACAUACUCUAUGCUUCUUUUAUUUCUUAGUACAGCCGGAUUCUGGAUGACAAGAUUAAAUGAAGGAUUGUCUCUAUAUGAUGCAAUUCUCAUAGUUCCAAUGUUUCAGAUUGCUUGGACUUUCUUCUCCAUAUGUACAGGAUUCAUCUACUUUCAAGAGUUUCAGGUUUUCGAUGCACUGAGAACAACAAUGUUCAUAUUAGGAAUGAUGUGUGUAUUCAUAGGCAUUUCUUUACUAGCACCUGAUGAUACAAGAGGCAAUGAGACAAGAGAUAAUUCAUCAUCUCUUGACUCUAUCGUGUCCUCGAGUGUGCCAACUGAGGAGGACAGGUUGAUGCCACAAUCAUCUGAAGAUGGACACAGCAAAGACACAAGAGUAGUUGUACAAGGAAUGUAUAUGAAAGCUGCUGAUUUAAUUGCCAAGACAAAGGCUGCUUGUUUAGCAGCAUUGGGCUUUGGCGAAGACUCUAUAAAUGCAUCUGCGAUUCUAGUGAUGCCAAUGGUAUCUUCGAAGAUUACAGGGUUUAGAGGAAAUGGACUCGAACGGGCUAAGAUUUUGUCCAUGAGAGGAUCAGGAUGGAGCAAACUAGCCAUGGAAGAAGAAGGAACAAGAAUGCUUGAAAAGACCAUGUCUUCAAAGGCUUAAGUAGGUAGUUAAAACGGAUAGCAUGAGACAGAAUCUCAUGUACAUUCUUCUCUUAUCACAUAUGUUUGAGUAGCAAAAAUCUGUUCUUAGGAAACCAUCCCACGACUGUGUAUUCUGGCAAGAACCAAAUUGUAUCACAUAACAUCUCUGUAUAUUCAUUUUUUUGUUUGAGACCUGUGAAAAGUGUUUCUUAAAGCACAAAAUGUAAACAAGUUUGAAUCGAGUUUAUUGUUAUUACAAAUCCAUAGCUCAGGUAUAUAAUUAUACAGUCUCGCCAAUAUUUUGAGAAUCAUAAUGUAAACAGCUGUGCUUGCUCUCCUUAGAGCUCGAUAAUAAACGUCUAACAACCUC